UUAUCCCCAAAUACUACGUGAUCUCCGAUGAAACUAAAUUUAUCGCGCUGUGUGGCUGUCCAGCGUCCGCCAAACAAAUAACCGCGCAUGCGCAGUUAACAAGGUCCGUAUGCACGAAAAAGUGGACACCAAACGCCAAAAACUGGAUAGAAGAAAAAGAAUAAGCACCAUGCCCAUCUCCUGUUCAGCUAUUGAUUGCUCAAAUCGGUUUGCCAAAGGAUCAGUGAUCAGAUUCUACAGGUUUCCAAUCAGCAAGCCUCAGCUAGCCGAGCAAUGGGUACGAAACCUUGGGAAAAAGAACUUUGUUCCCACUCAGAAUUCCUGUUUGUGCUCCGAGCAUUUCCAGCCUGACUGCUUUCGUGACUAUAAUGGAAAACUGUUUCUCAGAGAGGACGCAGUGCCAACUAUUUUCGCAAACCCUGGCGGAGACGGCACAAAGAUUGAGUUACGGAAAAACAGAGGAGGUUUAGUGGCAAAGGAUGCAAAUGAUUCCAGUCGGUUUGGUUCACUUUCUGAUAAAGAUAGAGCCAAACUAAUCACAAAAGACAGAAGACAGCCUAUAAGAGACUCUAGCCUGAAGAGCAGAGGUGUGAAUGACCGGAGACGUGCAGGGAAGGUCUCGUUAGGUGACAGACAGACCAUGUCUCUGAAGAGUAAAGUGUAUGACAGCAAGGGUCUUUUGAUCUCAUGUGCAAGGGAUCUGUGUGACUGUCUGGAUGUAGACUGCAUGGGUUGUUUUUACCCCUGUCCUGAGUGCGGAUCUCGGAAGUGCGGUGUGGAGUGCCGAUGUGACCGAAAAUGGUUAUAUGAGCAAGUGGAGGUCGAGGGAGGAGAGAUCAUUCGCAACAAGUUCGCAAAUUAGCUACCAUGUUGGUAGACUGUGAAGAUGACACCACCUCUGCUCCUGAGCAAAAAAACACUGACGCUGGCUUGGUAUAUGGACAUUGCGCAAGUACUUGCUUCGUUUGCUAUAUUGUUUAUUUUUUAAAUGUAAAAGUUUAAUAAAGAAUGUUGUCGUAUGUUUUUGC